UGGCCAAAAAGAAAUGGGACUUUAGCUGAGAGACCCUUCAUGAUUAUAAGUUGCCAAAUUUGGCACCAGUAACUGUACGUCCGAAUAUUUCGGUUACGUAUCCAGCCAAAAAAAAAAAGAAGGAAACAUUUCGGUUAUACGUGAUUUUAUUUGAUCGCUCGACCAUGGUCUACGAGAAGGCGUCGUCCUCCAAUGCCCUGUCCCCGCCGCCGGGGGAGGACACGCCGCUCCUCGGCAAGGCCCCCCCACUCUCGUCGCAACCUAAGACCUUCGCCAACGUCUUCAUCGCCGUCGUCGGGGCCGGCGUCUUGGGCCUGCCCUACUGCUUCAAGCGCACCGGUUGGCUCAUGGGCCUCCUCAUGAUCUUCUCCGUCGCCGCCCUCACCUACCACUGCAUGAUGCUCCUCGUCCACACCCGCCGGAAGCUCGAGUCCCUCACGGGGUUCUCCAAGAUCAACUCUUUCGGGGACCUUGGCUUCACCGUCUGCGGCCCCAUCGGGAGGGUCGUCGUGGAUGUCACGAUCGUGCUGUCCCAGGCCGGGUUCUGCGUCGGGUACCUCAUCUUCAUCGCCAACACACUCGCCAAUCUCUACGUUGGGUCCUCGAUUUGGGGGUUAUCGGCGAAGGGCCUAUAUAUUUGGGGCUGUUUCCCCUUCCAGUUGGGGUUGAAUUCGAUCAAGAGGCUGACACAUUUGGCCCCUCUGAGCAUUUUCGCCGAUGUGAUCGACCUCGGGGCAAUGGGAGUCGUGAUGGUCGAAGAUUUGGACAUCAUCCUGAACAACAUGUCCGAGGUUCGGGCCUUCGGUGGUCUCUCAAUAUUCUUUUACGGGAUGGGUGUCGCGGUGUAUGGCUUCGAAGGGGUUGGGAUGGUUCUGCCCUUGGAGUCCGAGACACAAGAUAAGGCCAAGUUCGGCCAAGUCCUCGCAAUCUCGAUGGCUUUCAUCGCCCUCAUGUAUGGAGGGUUCGGGACGUUGGGCUAUUUUGCUUUCGGGGAAAAUGUGAAGGACAUCGUCACUGCUAACUUUGGGAAAGGCCUAAUUAGUACUCUUGUUCAGUUGGGGCUCUGCAUCAAUCUCUUCUUCACUUUCCCUUUGAUGAUGAACCCGGUCUAUGAAAUUGUUGAGAGGCGGUUCCGCGGCGGGAAUUACUGCAUUUGGUCGAGAUGGUUGCUAGUGUUAGUAGUCAGUUUGAUCGCCCUGCUCGUCCCGAACUUUACUGAUUUCUUAUCGCUGGUCGGAAGUAGCAUCUGCUGCACGCUGGCGUUCAUCUUGCCUUCCCUGUUCCAUCUUGUGGUUUUUAAGGAAGAGAUGGGCUGGAAAGGAUGGAGCUUAGAUGUCGGGGUCGUGGCAUUGGGAGCCAUCCUAGGUAUCUCUGGUACUUGGUAUGCUCUCGCAGAAAUUUUAUCCCUCAAGCCAUAAAUGAUGGUCUUAGAAUUGAAUAUCCACUGCCGAUAUGUGGUCUGUAGCUGGUUUGAGGUUCAGUCUGUGCCACUGGGGAGAAAAGAUGAAGCUUUUUUGUUCCUCCUCUCCAUGGUAUGGAUCCCAAUGUGUAUAAGCCAAUGAAUUGUCCUUGGACGAAGCCGAAUAAUCCUAGUAGGGGAUUGCUGAUAUUCAAAUACGAAUACCGCUGCAACCUUUGCCUUUUUGUUUCAGAUUUGUUCAUUGAUUCGAUCAUUUGCUGAUUGCUUGGACCUC